CGCAGCCGAGGCUCACGCGGGUGCGCCUCAGGACGAUCCUGCAAAACGCGCUCAGCGCAUCGGGCAUCUUGUGAUAUGCCAGAGUUGGAGGGAAUGCCGUCGGAGCGGGAAGGCUAGGCAGAGGGAACAAAAGCGACGGCGGUCGGAAGAGGAAGCAAGGGCGCACAUCGUGUGCAGCAGUGCAGCCGGCUUUCCAUGGCCUCGCACAGCACCGCUCGACCUCUCCGCUGCACAUCAAGGACGACGCUUCCUUGCGCGCCGCAUACGACACCUCUCCGCCAUCGGCAUCGCAGGCCAUCGGCCCGACACCGUCGAUGCAGCCAUCGCACGAACGCACGCGCGCACGCACGACGUCCCACUGCCGCGCCCAGCUGUUGCGCCGCGCGAGAGCUGCGACCUGCGCGCUCUCUCGCGGCCUGGCUCGACUCGACACAGCCCGUCAAGGCCGCGGCUGUGGUGGCAUGCCACAUCUGCGCAUGCAUCCGUGCCAGCGCGGACGGGCUUCGAGCCCAGCGCGCGCACCACGUGCGACUUGCAACGAUGCGCGCUCGCGAGAGGCCGGCGUGCGCAGUGCACGCACAUCAUGCGCGGCCGCGCCGUGGGGUGCGAGACGAGAAGCAAAGCAUACUGCAACACACACACAACAUCUGACCAUAUCUAAUAUACCACCGUUUAUUGCUGCCUGCUGCCUGCUCGCCUGAGGCGUGUGGCGAUCGCACU